GGAGAAGUACGGAAGAAACACGGGGGACGCAUGAAAGAAAUGCGGAAGCGUAGGAAGGUCGUGAACGACGUCCAAUCUGUUUACGGUGCAACAUAGGAUAUUGAAUGGCGAUGAACUGUAUGACAAAAACGGAUACGUGUCCGGUCUUGUUUGCAUCAACAUUUCAACAAACACAUUUACUGUGCGACAAUUAUCCGAUCUGACCGUUUGAAGCUUGGACACAGCAAGGUUUUAAAGUGUUUGUUUAAAUACAACAGGAAGUACGAUCAACGUUGGCGUGGGUUAUGCAACUCUGCUUCAAACAUUUUCGCAAUAUUUUCGGGUAUAUAAAACAGUAAUUUGAACGACAGCAACAACAGAAAAGGAGAACCUCGCACAGGAUGAGGUCGUCAGCUUUAUUCAGUGCUUUUAUUCUGACGAUAGUGUGCUCGUUGCUCGUUCAGGAAUUACAGGCGACGUGCAAGUGUGGAAAUUUGGGAUCGGGUACGAACCCCUGCACCUGCAGCGACACGGUCGUUAAAGCUGCGAAAUUGCCGAAACCAAUAUUCUUCGCAUCCCCCGAAGAAAUUAACGAUGCUGCAGCUGCGAGAAACAGUAUAUUCAAUACUAAUAAUGCCAACACUAACGCCUACAUCAGCGAUAACAGCGAUACCAUCGUAAUAAGUAACAGCGAUAGCGAUUCCGAUGUGAUUAGCAACAGUGAUAGCAGCGAGACGAUUAGCAACAACGAUAGCAACAGCGAGACGAUUACAAUUAGCAACAACAAUUCGCCCGUUGUCACCAUCACCGACAAUCAACAAAUCUCGGAAACUUUGGAGCUUGACGAUUCAUCGGAUUCGAAUAUCAAUAUUGUACCCAGUUUCACACCGAUCGGCGACUUGUGCUACCCGCUUCCGAUCGAUUCUCGCAGCGGCAAACUAAUUGAAAAAACUAGAGUGAUUCCAGCUUAUCCGGGAAAAAUUAUUUGCAACACCUGCAAUCCUGCGGCGCCGUAUGAAAUUUGCAUAAAUACGCUUAACGGAGAAACUACCACUAGAAUGCUGUCUGGUCCAACGAGCGAUCCCAAUUCUGCAUUGCUUGUAACACCGAGCACCGGCACACUGGACAAAUUGGGAUUUAGAUUAGGAUCGCGGGGGAACAUGAAUACCGGAAUAUUCGGUGGACCAUCUUCCGUACUUAGUACAGGCAGAGGAGGAUCGGCUUCCGGAGCAUUUGGCGGAUUUGGUGCAUUGAAAUCGAGAUUGUUUGGACAUAAAAAUUUGGGACUGCUUGGUAGAUCUCAAUCGAGAACUUUCGGUCAAAACUUUCAGUCGAGUCCUCGUGUGUACAACAACGUGCUCCCUCCGCUUUUGAACAUUCCUCAAACACCUAGAACAGCUGUUAUAAGCAGCAGUUCUUCGAGCUUUUGCGAGGACGACGAAACCACAGACUACGGUCUAACAGAUUACACGUAUCCGCAAAUACCAGCGGACGCUGUGUCUCUUACCCUGGCGUAUAAAAAUCUUCGAGCCCCAAAUGUAAUCUACAGACAAGGAAAACAAUUUGUACCGGAAGAUAAGUUAUCGUUUGGCCAUCGUACGGUUCCAAACGAGGAGAACAACGAGAAAAAGAUACCAGAUAUUCCAGAAGAGAAACUCGUCACUGUCGACAAGCCUGUCGUUGAAUUAAAGAUUGCACCUCCGAGAACCGUUGUGAUUGGUUCUUACGACGAACGGGAAGAGGCAAAACUCGCCGAGCUCGAAGCGAUCGAACGCGAGAGUAUAACACAAGAAGAGGUCCUCGAUCAAGGCGCGGAAGGUUUACUCACCUACAGAGAUCUAGGCUAUGCGCCAGUGGGUUCGUUCUAUGCCAACUCGAGAAGCUACAGUGGCAUAAUCAACGGGGAAAGUGACGACAGCAUGGAAGAACCGUGCGGUUCUCUAGGUCCACCGGUACCAGGUUACAUCCCAGGCUCGGUGAUAGUUCAGCAAGGUUUCAUCAGAGAUAAAUUUGCAAAUUCUCGUAUCGGAGAAAUUAUUGAUAGGAGGCUCGUAGGAUGCCCGAACUGACCUAUUAUUUAUUAUCUUCUGUACAGUCAUUUCUUAUAAGAUAGAAAUAAAUUACUCUAAACUCUGAA